AUGGGGUGCGUUACGAGUUCGGAAGACAAAGUAGCCAUGGAAAGAUCCAAACAAAUUGAUAAAGGAUUAAAGGCAGAUGGUGAAAAAUCGUCAAGAGAAGUGAAAUUAUUAUUACUUGGUGCUGGUGAGUCAGGAAAAAGUACCAUUGUUAAACAAAUGAAAAUUAUUCAUGAAAAGGGUUAUUCUCAAGAGGAAUGUUUACAAUAUAAACCAGUUGUAUACAGUAAUACCAUACAAUCUAUGAUAGCUAUUAUUCGAGCUAUGGGAUUAUUGAAAAUUGAUUUUGGACAUCCAGAUAGAGCUGAAGAUGCCAGAAAGUUCUUCUCACUAGCUGGUAAUGCUGAUGAAGGUGAAUUGUCACCAGAAGUAGCAACUAUUAUGAAGAAAUUAUGGAAAGAUUCUGGUGUUCAGGAAUGUUUCAGUAGAUCAAGAGAAUAUCAAUUAAAUGAUUCCGCAGAAUAUUAUUUGAAUGCUAUGGACAGAAUAUCACAUACUGGAUAUAUCCCCACAGAACAAGAUGUAUUACGUACUCGAGUCAAAACCACUGGUAUUGUUGAAACACAUUUCACAUUUAAAGACCUUCAUUUCAAAAUGUUUGAUGUAGGAGGACAGAGAUCAGAAAGAAAGAAAUGGAUCCAUUGUUUUGAAGGUGUCACAGCUAUCAUCUUCAUUGUAGCUAUGAGUGAAUAUGAUUUAACUUUAGCUGAAGACCAAGAAAUGAACCGUAUGAUGGAGAGUAUGAAAUUAUUUGAUUCAAUCUGUAAUAAUAAAUGGUUUACAGACACCUCUAUUAUUCUCUUCUUGAAUAAGAAAGAUCUGUUUGAAGAGAAAAUUAAGAAAUCACCUUUGACCGUCUGCUUCCCAGAAUUCUCAGGAUCCAACACAUAUGAAGAAGCUGCAGCCUACAUUCAAAUGCAGUUUGAGAAUCUCAACAAGAGAAAAGACACAAAAGAAAUUUACACCCAUUUUACCUGUGCUACUGAUACCAAUAAUGUACAGUUUGUAUUUGAUGCUGUUACUGAUGUCAUUAUUAAAAAUAACCUGAAAGACUGUGGUCUAUUUUAAAACAGAUAUUUUGAAUUAGAAGAUAUGGUUUUAACUGAAGAAAUCCUCAAAUGUAUUAUCAUAUUUUUAUUGUGAGAUAUUUAUCAACAUUGCUUUAACUUUCCAGACUCAUAAUAUAUUGUACUGUAUGUCUGAAUAACUUGAUGUCUUAUUCGUGUUAACAACUAGUCUGAAUAACCAGACAUAUAUUUAUGUAGGAGAAAUCUGGAAUAGACAAUCAUGUUAAAAGAAGUUUGAAUGUUUUUUAUUCAUCGUAUUCAUGUUCAACAACUCGUCUGAAUAACUAGACAUUUAUUCAUUUUGAAGAAACAUAACAUCUUAUUCAAGUCUAGAAUGAUAACAACUAAUUCUGAAUAACUAUUCAUCUAACAAGACAUUGAAGUAUUAAAUAAUGAGAAAUAUGAAUAAUUCAAUAUGUAAGUUUACAACAUUUCUAAUAACAAUAUUUGUUGUAAACAAGAUUUGUUAUCUUGAAAUCAUGUUAAACUUUGACUGAAAUGGGGAAAAUUUAAGCUUUAGAUCCAACAUUUUGGUCUUUUUCAACCCGCAAAAUAGUUGUAUAAAUAAGGACUUCAUAGAAGUUGAGAAUCAAGGAAUAAAUAUUUUUAAUGAACUGCAUGAUAUGAAUAUUAAUUGAUAUAUACAAAUAGGAUUAUGUAUUUCAGAUUUAUAUUUCUUGUGUAAAUGUGUAAACAGACAAUAUAUUGUUGAAUUUUAUUAUAACAUCUAUUUUUAUUGUCUGUUUUGUAAAAUAUGAACUAUACAUUCAUUCUCAUAUCUAGAAUGUUACAUGUAAUUGUUACAAAACCCUCUGGUUCCAUUUUCCAAUCAGUCAUUAAGACCAAUUUGAUUGGUUGUAGUUAAAAAGAAUUUGAUUGGCUAUUACAAUAUGCAUCUGUCACUUUAAAAUUUUCUGUGCCUGAUAUUAUUACGCACAAUUGUUGAGGUGGCAACUGAGUAGAACAUCAAAAAUUGUGAUGAGAGUUAGGACACAGAAGAUUUUGUGGCAUUCAUGUUCCAUUCUAGGAUGAAAUUGACAAAGGUGAGAACCAAAGAUUGGUGUAGUAGUCUUGUGUUAGUUGUAGUCUAAACCCUGAAGCCUUUUCACAUCUUGCAAGAUUUUAUACCCCUUUAAAUAUUUUCCAUGAAUGAUCACAAAAACACGCAUAAUUUAUAGAACAGACUACACUGAAAAGCGUUUAUUUAUUUUUUGAUAUAAUGCUCUUUACUUUGAUAAUAAUUAUUACGCAGUGAUUUCAAAUUAGUUACUUUUCAAUUUCAUCUAGUGAGUCAGAAACAAUCUUGAUCUCUGCCCCUAGUUUUACAAUAGAAUUUCAAUAAUGACAAUUUUUACUUGAAUUGCUCAGAACAUUAAGUCCCACAAAUUGUUUUAGAGAGUGGACAUAGUUUGAAUAGUAUAGUUUAAUUCUAGUCUUAAACUGGUUUUACAAGAUCAAAUAUGGCUCAAUUCAAUAUGAAAAGGUUGAUUAUUUUUUCAAAAUUAACUAUGAUUUUGUGAAUUGAGUAUAUCUUGAUCUAUAAUAUAGGCGUAUUUAUAUCACAUCACUUAUUAUUUGUCUCUAAUCUUACUGAAAUGAUACUCAGUAAAUUUAAUUUUAGCUGGAUUAGAUGCAAUUUUGAGUGAAUUGAAUCUUUGAUAAAAAACGCCUUGAUAUUUAAUUGUGUGUAUAUAACCUAGCAUGUAAUAUAUUAGCUUCUAUAUGUAACUCUGUAAAAAGAUGUAGUCUUGACAAAAUGCUUGCUUUGCAGAUUUUCCCACAUCAUGACUUUCUUCAUAAUUUGUUUGUUUAAUUAUUUUCUAAAUACAAAAAAGAUAAAACCAUAUUGUGACAAUUUAUCAAAUUUUGUUUCCAUUUGUAAAACUUCUACUCAAAGUUCGUUUAAAUUAUUAUAAUUAAGUUUAUCUGAAAUAAUAUUAUGAAAUUUGAAAUUUUUGGUCUUUUUCACGCAAUUUAUUAAAUGCAUUUAACUGUAUUGUAUCACAUAAUUUCUAGUCACAAAUUCUGUUGCAAAUUUAGCAAAUAUUCUUACAUUAAUGGUUACAUUUCAAUCAAAAUAUCAUCUAUUUUUCAAAAAAACGUAUUCAACAAAAAUUAUUAAUUGCAAAAUAAAUCAAAUGCAAAUCAUACUCAAAGUUAUUUCCCUUUGUUCCAUCCAGUUAUAAUUGUUUGCUUGUAUCAUUUAAAACCAUUUUUUUUGUUUAUUUAAGUAAGUAGAUUUUGUAAUUAUUAUUUCGAUGAUAUACGAGAAAUGCCUUGAUCUAAUACCGGUUGAUAUAGGGCAAUAGAGUCCUGUUAUUUAGAUUCCCCAUAGACAACUGUACCAUUUCAGAAAUACCAUUCAUUAUAAUUAUGGUAAUUUUGUGCUCCCUAUUCCAAAAUCUGAAAAUUUAGAAAUUUCUGAAUUACCAUUCUUAAGAUGUAAAAAAUGUAUUCACUCAAAAUUCAUUAUUUAGAAGUAUUCUAGACCAUUGAUCAGUGCUAUUGAAAAGCUGGAGAUGUAUAAAGCCAGUUAUUCUGUCCCUCGAUUAGACAUGACUAAGAUAUUUUCAAAUAAAUUGCACUUUCUCUAAUGGGAUUUUGAAAAAUGUGCAAUAUUUAAAUUGUAUGUUGUAAAAGAAAGCAUGUAAAAAAAAUGCUUUCCGACUGAGUUUCUAAAUUGCUCUUUCAUUCUUGUCCCUACAGCACCACAAACAUUUAAUGUCUUUUGUAAAGCCGUUGAAUUAAAAGGCAUAUUCAAUGACCAUCAAAUUACUUAUGCAACUUUUCCCAACAGUGAAAAACCAAAACCAAAAUGUUGAAAUUGUCAUCAAAACCUGAAGUAAUUUGAAAGCCAUUUUAUACGCCUAUAGUCUUGCCAUCAAUGUACAAUCAGUUCUAUAAACAUACCAGUAUUGUCUCAUGAAAAUAUUUUAAAUUUGCAUCUGUAAAUAGAUAUCUUGGCACAUUGUAUUUAUAUUGUCCUUGUGUUUUACGUCUAAACCUUUUACCCUACCUGCUAUGUUCUAUUAUGUUUGUCAAGCGUUGUCAUGUGGAAAUAAAUUUUAGAUACAAACUC